AUGUCUCGCUCAUUUUUAAUGGAUUCUUUACUCAGCGAUAGCAUGCCUCUUAAUAAAAAGGAUACUAUGGUUUCUCCUACAGCUGGUCCUUCUAUGGCCGCUACUACCGCAGCUCAUGCCGCCGCAGCAGCAGCUGCUGCCGCCAUGUUACCCAAUAUACCCAUGUUGCCUUAUCCAGCUAGCUAUGUGGGCAGUUAUUUGUUCUCUUUGGGCAUACAACAACAGCAGCAGCAACAACAACAGGCUGCAGCAGUAGCUGCCGCAGCUGCUCUUCAGCAACAGGCCUAUCAUCAUCCUUAUGCAAAUUUGAUUUCACAAAAACGUAAACUAUCGUCUACAUUCGACAACUACUCUGCUUCCCAACAUCAACCUAUAUCUCCUCGUUUGGCUCCCGCCACUAUUUCUUAUGGUUCCAUCUUACCUUUAGGCGACAAUGGCUACUGUACUUCACCCUCGGCUUCCUCCUCGACAUCUACCAUGGAUUAUCCUUGUGUGGAAGAACAACAACAAAGCAAACGUUAUAAACAUGAUUCUUCCUGUUCACCCUCAUCUUCGCCUCUGAAACCCAGCAUGCCUUCCUCAACCUCAUCCAACAACAUUUCCACCAACUCCCACAACUCUCCUCUGGAAUUAACUCCUGUAGUCUCGGAUUAUGCUGAUUCUAGCAAACGCAUACGUACCGCUUUCUCUAGCACACAAUUAUUGGAAUUAGAGCGUGAAUUCUCCAUGAAUGCUUAUCUCUCACGCCUAAGACGCAUUGAAAUUGCCAAUCGUUUGCGUUUGUCAGAGAAACAAGUUAAGAUUUGGUUCCAAAAUCGACGUGUUAAACAAAAGAAGGGUUCUGAUUCGCCCACCUUUAACGGAUCCAGCAAUAGUCCCUCUCAAUCACCGGCACAUGAAGACAAUUCACCGUUAAAAUAUACCGACGGAGCUUUUGUGAAACAAGAACAUUAG